AUGCUUGUCGUCAAGCACCAGGAUCGUGCCGGGCGCCAGCACGCGGCUGAGGCCUUCGAUGCCAAACAAACCCCGGAGGUAUCCGCGCUCGAGGUCGUCGAACGCUGUCGUGAACGCGUCCUCGGACGCCACGAACAAUGUCACGUGCUUGGCCUCGUCGAGGGACGGCGGGAGUGGGAGCUGCGUCUCCUGCGGCACGUCAAGCAGCUGCGCAAGAUACGCCAGCUGAGGCGUGUUUCGCAACGUGUCUAG